AUGGCUGUUAACAUCCAAGUCUUCAUAUAUUUCAUACUCAUAUCAAUUAGAAUCUCCACAAGGGCUAUUUCACUGCCAGCGGAGCUCAGUGACGGGAUUCACUCAGACCCUGAUGUAAUUAAAGCCGCUUCUACUGAUUACGGACAUAUUAUUUCGGUGAAACCUGCCGCCGUUCUAUCUCCAUCAUCCGUUGAUGAUAUCAAGACUCUGAUAAGUUUCUCAUUUAACAGUAAUUCUACUCCUUAUACCGUCGCCGCAAAAGGCAAUGCUCAUUCUGUCUGGGGGCAAGCCAUGGCUGCCGGCGGCGUAGUGGUGGAUAUGUUGUCACUGAAUAAGAACGGAAACGGAAGUAGAAUUGUUAUAGCCGGAAACAAGAGCUCAGGCUUUUACGCCGAUGUUGGGAGCGAACAGCUGUGGAUUGAUGUGUUGAAUGCCACUCUGAAACAAGGGCUUUCGCCAGUUUCGUGGACGGAUUAUUUAUAUCUCACAGUUGGUGGGACGCUUUCAAACGCUGGAAUCAGCGGCCAAACGCAUCGCAGAGGUCCUCAGAUUACCAAUGUCAAAGAAUUAGAUGUUGUUACAGGAAAAGGAGAUUUAGUGACUUGCUCCCCACAACAGAAUUCGGAGUUGUUUUUUGCCGUUCUAGGAGGUCUUGGUCAAUUCGGAAUCAUAACCAGAGCAAGAAUAGUUCUUGAGCCGGCAAAGAAAAGGGUUAAGUGGCUACGUAUUCUUUACAAUGAUUUUGCUGCAUUCAGUAAAGACCAAGAAAAUUUGAUUGCCGUGGGCGGAGCAAGCUAUCAAAAUGCACCAGAUUAUGUGGAAGGUCAACUUUUAAUGGACCCCAAUACUAAUCUUGAGUUUCUUCCACCGCCUGAUCGCCCGAAAAUAAGUUCACUCAUAAAACAAUAUGGGAUCAUCUACUUUAUUGAAGUCGCCAAAUAUUAUGAUUAUAGCAGCCCUAGAGCCAACAAUACUGUGGACAAGGAGCUGAAAUGGCUGUUAAAAAAUGCAAUGAGUUUCAACCCUGGAUAUGUGUACCAGGCAGAUGUGACCUACCUAGAUUUUCUAAAUAGAGUGCACCCUAGUGAGCUUGCACUUCGGGAAAGAGGACUUUGGGAGGUUCCUCAUCCAUGGCUAAAUCUCUUUAUACCCAAAUCUCGAAUUUUUGACUUCAACAAUGGUGUUUUCAGGGACAUUCUUCUUAAAAACAACUUUACCUCAUCACUAAUUCUUCUUUAUCCUGCGUUCCGAAAUAAAUGGGAUGAUAGGAUGUCUGCUGUUAUACCAGAUGAAGAUGUGUUCUACAUUGCAGGAUUUCUGGAUUCCAGUGGGUAUGAUAACUGGCAGGUCUUUGUGAACAAAAAUGACGAGAUAUUGCACUUCUGUGACAGCGCUGGUAUUAAAGUUAAGCAGUAUCUUGGUCAUCAUGAAAGCAAGGAAGAAUGGAUUAACCAUUUCGGCUCAAAAUGGAAUACAUUUCAGCAAAGGAAAGCUCAGUUUGAUCCGAAAAUGUUGCUAUCACCAGGACAGAAGAUUUUCAACUAACAGUUAAAAGAGUGUUAAUAUCUUGGAUCAUCUAUAGUGGGUUUGUGAAGGGUAAUAAUUCAUUGUAUGAUUCGAAAUAUAUUCUGUACCUGCAGGCCUUAUAAUAAAGGAAAGUUUGACUUUCUCCUCAA